AGCCCUCCAGCCCCCAGUCGGACUCCUGGAGCAUGGUCUGUACUCACAAAACAGAUAUCACCUGGACAUCAGUAGCAGCACGUGUGACGCAAAACCAGAAGAAAUGCUGAAAUUCAAGUUUAUAGCUUCAGAUGUUUCGUGCCAGUUCUGCUUAAACAGGUCCCACUGUUUGCAUUGAAAAGCAAGCAUUAAGUAUGUCUUUUCCUCGUUUAACUAUAUAAAUAACUGUAUUCCAUUUUCUGUGAAGAUUCGUCUUUCCACUAAGACAUGGCAGCUUCAGAAGAAGUCAUCAUGAUCCCUGAUUCAGAUCAACAACAACACUGUACAAAAAGCAGAAUUGGUCAGCGUUUGGUCAACAGUGCAGUUUUACUGGGACUCGUUGCAGGUCUGGGUGGAGGGGGACUCUUCGGUGUGGCGAUCGAUGAUGCGAUAGUCCGUGUUAAGAAUACGCCGUUAUUAAAAGCUCAGGAGGACAACUGGUAUUCCACAGCAAUACUACUGUCAACAGUGGGUUUAGUGAUUGCCAUGAUUUCAUCACACAUUGGAAUAAGACUGGGAUACGCAGCGUAUCAUUUCCUGAUCAGAAUGAAAGGAGAGCACGCCAACGUUGUGGCCUUAGAGGGCGCCACACCCGUAGCAUUUCUGGGAAUCACUGCCAGUGCAGCUACAAUGGGGGCCGCCUACAGCAAAUGUAUGCUGGAGUUCGGACUGUUUGAAACAUUUCUGCUUUCGUUUGGAUUAUUUUUCAUUUUGCCGACUUCUGUAAACUGUCUAGCUUUGAUUCACAGUGAUGAACAUGCCAUUUAUUUUGCCGGUUCUUAUGUGUUCAUAAUAAUAUAUGGCAUUGCUUUUUAUUCUCUAAUGUGGUCCCUUUUCUUGGGAUUGGCUGGUGUGUAUUUUCAUUUCUUUGUCCUGGUUUUAGUUUUAUAUGCAUAUUAUUAUUGCGUACAUGAGGAGUUUAAGCUGAAACAUGUAAUGGUUUCAACUGUUUAUCCAAUAGUAUUGCUUUUAUUUACCCUGCUGUUUUUUGUUGGUACUGCAAUGGCAUCACUGUCUGCAGCUGAAAAGGGACCAGCUGUUGGAGUUCUGGCCACACAGCUGUUGGAGGCUGCAGUGGGGCGCUUGGUGUAUCUCCAGGCUGGUGGUGGGGGUGGUGCAGGGGCUUGGAAGGUGUUUUUGGGUGCAUGGAGUGCGGGAAGUGCUGUUUUAGCGACCAUUCAGAAGUCCACUGUAAUGGUGAAUACAGGGGCAAGGUUAUGGGGUCUGAUUGCUGUUUCUGGAGCAACUGGUGUGGUCCUCUCUUCAGUGGGGGAAAUGGGUCAGAAAUACGGAAAGGCGUGGAACCAGGAGUGGGGAGGAAUGUUGGGCAGGGCAGCGGCGAUAGUGGGAGCAGCAGUCGGAGCUUUUCUUACAGGAGGGACAAAAGAUUUGACCUAUGGAAUUUUUAAGUCAGUGUGUGCAGCUAUAAUUCCCGGGAUGCCGUUUGUGGAAUACAUACUUAAUGUCUUUUAUCGUGGCCUACAAUAUCUAUUUACAAAAAAUGUAAGGAUUUUUCAUCAUUGCAUUUUUCGCUUUAAUAAUCACAUUUAAAAUGAAAUUAACUAUAAAUUUAAGCUCCACUAGGUAGGACUAUAGUUGCAGAGUGUAAUAAAUGUUUCAGGCCGAUUAGUUUCUUUUUCUCGUUUUCUGGCUUUCACAGACAUAAUCGGUCUCUUUCCAGCUUCUGCCAGAGUGUCUGUAUGUUAGUUUGUAAAGAAUGAACCAGUAGUCCUUGUAGAACUGUUAGAACUAUAGGUCAGAAAGCAGGUCGCAGUUCUUGCGAGCGUUAGUCGCGGCCACCUUGGAAAACUUACAGAGUCUGAUUUGAGCUCAGAGGAGCUUCGGCACAGACACGAGAGCACCGCUUUUCCUCCUAUUACACCUCAAUGGAGCGCUGCAGUGAGUUUCAAGCUGUAAUUUCACUUCUUUAAAAAGAUCAAAAAUCAAGGAAAUCCUACCUAGUUGGGCUUUAAAACGCAUGGUGGUGUAGAGAAGUUUUUAUGAAGCAUGCUUUAUUUUCAGAAAUUCAGUUUCAUUUUUGUUGUUUUAGGGCAACACUGUGCAGUAAGGCAACAUCUGUUUAAUAAAGUCUUUGCUGACAAUGUAGUUAGAUACUGUCCCCACAUUGUUAUUCAGAAAAGUUAACACAAGGUAUUUAUUUAUUUUUUUAUUAACAGGUGUCACAAUACGUUUAAGUUUGCUGUUUUUUUUUGUUUUGAUUUUUGUACUGUUAUCUGUGCAUUGUGCCAUGAUGUGUGAAACCAGAAUUUAGUAAGUAAUAAAUAAAUAAAGUAAUACACA